GAAUUAGGAAGAGUUAUUGGUCGUGCAUUUCCGCUCCACAUUUUAAGUCACUGUGUUUCUAAUGAUGGUGUUCACUUCCAAUGUUUGCAAACAACAUCGUUUCGCACGAAGUGGCGAAGUUACUAAUUUCGGUCAUAGUCUCAUCUUAAAAUGACAGUUGAACGUCAGGAUAAGAAUUUCAUGCGUGACAGGUUAGGCGCGCAUCGCGUGAGGUGCGGUAAAAUGAGAAAUAAUUUGUCGAAUUCCGAACUGCUAACUUAUUAUGAGGAAGAAUCGGAAAAGCUACGAGUGUUUGCAAGAGACCGCGGAUUGGAUGACGGGAACAUAAAUAAAAUCGUCCAUAAAUCACUAUAUGGUUAUGUUUACAAGAACGUCGAUUGUAGUGAAAAACAGUCCUUGUUAAAUACUUUUAUUAGAAAGUAUUCUGCUCUUCUGUCUGUAUUAAAACUUUUAUUUGUACUAGUGUUUAUAGUAACUGGUCUAUUUAUCGCCCAGCUUUAUCAAAAAUCUGCUGUCAAUUUCAUUAUCCGAAAUGUUCAAGAGCUUAUAUAUCCUGCAAUGAAAGUUCUUCGUUUCGUAAGCCUUCCUUUGGUGACUAACUUCCCAUCAAUAUCCGCUUGGUAUGAUGAAAUUUGCUUGAUUGAAAAUCCAUAUUUCCAAGCAUCAGACAUGUACUGUUGGCCAUGUGAAGAAGUUAGAAGUGUUCUGGAUCUUACAGAAACAGCUGAGCCAGUGAAACAACUUCCACAUGCAGGAUUCCCAUUUAUUGUUAAGGGAAACUCACCAAACGUAACCCUUUCAGAUGUCCAGAUAAUGUAUUUUUUCAACAAGCAUAUUUUUGAUAGAGACGCUUCAAGGGUUAUGAGCAGUGACAAGUCAUGGAAUACAAUAGAAGAACUAGUACAUCACAAUCUCUCAGAAAAUCCAACAUAUUUAAGAGAUGGACAUAUUACAUGGAGAAUCAACCGUCUUGAACCUGCCAGAAUAGUUAGAAGCCUGUUCAAGAGACCACAUUUCUUUCCGAAUACUGUUAAUGUUGAAAGGUUCAUUCUGAUUGAUGAAGCUAAUUCUCCACCAUAUUAUCAGCCACUGCCCGAAGGUUACAGAGUGUUUCUCAUGCAAACCUGUGGAGAAAGAUUAAUCAUUCUGGAGCCAGUUCCAGGCUGCAACAACAACUGUUCUCGUGUCUCAGUCUUACUGCAAUCAUCUGACAUUUUGUAUUACAACAGUUGGUUUUACAGAGUCAAGAGCAUGCCGGUCACCAACACCUCUAGCAUCAGUAUAAUGUAUGUUGGUUCCUACUAAUAUUAUGUGAUGAACUUUACUUAGCAUAAAGGAAAAUGUCAUGUUUUGUAUGAUGGAUCUGCACCAACGAAUACCAAAGAACUAUUUUUAUAGCAGCUAAUAGUUUGUUCAAGUAAGGAAUAUUUAAAUGAUUUUUGUCAUUUUUUAACUUCUAUAAUAAAUAUGACUGAUUUCAUUGUGUUACAAAUAAAAAA